GCACUAAAUACAAAUAAUUGACUUGUUUCUUGACUUGACUUAUCAAUUUAAGCGUCUUUUAACUGAUGUUAUUUCUUCUUCAGAUCUGAAAGCUUUGUGAUCCUCUUCUUCGUGCUGUUAUUCAUGGCUUCUUCUUCAUCAUCUCCAUCUAGCAGUUGGUUGUAUCACGUCUUCCUUAGCUUCCGUGGAGUAGACGUGCGCAAAGGGUUUCUUAGUCACGUUAGAAAAGGGCUCGAAAGCAAGGGAAUCAUAGCUUUCGUUGAUGACGAGAUCAAGCGAGGCGAAUCUGUCGGUCCCGUGCUUGUAGGAGCGAUCAGACAAUCAAGGGUUGCUGUUGUUUUGCUCUCCCCUAACUACUCUUCUUCAAGCUGGUGUCUGGACGAGUUGGUGGAAAUCAUGAAGUGCAGGGAAGAAGGUCAACAGACAGUAAUGACCAUUUUCUAUGAAGUGGAUCCAUCUGAUGUUAGGAGGCAGACCGGAGAUUUCGGGAAGGCCUUUGAUAAAACCUGUGUGGGAAAAACAGAAGAGGUGAAGCAGGCAUGGAUGCAAGCUUUGAAGGAUGUGGCGGGUAUAGCUGGUUACCACUCUAGCAACUGUGAUAAUGAAGCUGAAAUGAUCAACAAAGUUGCCGCAGAUGUUACGGCUGCGUUGGGUUUUACACAGUCAAAAGACUUUGAUGACUUUAUUGGCAUAGGAGCUCGUAUCAUGAAGAUAAAAUCGAAGUUGGUCCUACAAUCAGAAGAAGUUAAGGUGAUUGGAGUUGUGGGUCCUCCGGGGAUUGGUAAAACUACCAUUGCAAGAGUUUUAUACAACCAACUCUCUCCUGGUUUUCCAUUCAGCACGUUCUUGGAGAAUAUAAGAGGAAGUUUCGAGAAGACUUGUGGUAACGACUAUCAGGUCAAGUUGUGUUUGCAAAAAAAAUUGUUGUCUCAAAUAUUUAACCAAAAGGAUAUUGAGGUUCUUCACUUAGGAGUGGCCCAUGAAAAGCUGAGUGACAAAAAAGUGUUGGUUGUUCUUGAUGAAGUGGAUAGCUGGUGGCAACUAGAGGCAACGGGAAACCAUCUGUUUGGUCCUGGAAGUAUAAUUAUCAUUACAACCGAAGAUAGAAAAAUUCUCAAGGCACUCGGACUCGGGAUCAAUCAUAUCUACGAAAUGAAACUUCCAACUUCAAGCGAGUCUCUGCAGAUCUUCUGCCAAUAUGCUUUCGAUAAAAAGUCUCCAGAUAAUGGUUUUGAAUGGCUUGCUUGGGAAGUUACUAAACUUGUUGGUGAUCUUCCUCUAGGCCUGAGAGUCAUGGGAUCGUAUCUACGAGGAAUGUCCAGGGACUACUGGAUAGAUGCACUACCAAGGCUGAGGUCUAGCCUUGACACAGAAAUUGAAACAACUCUAAGAUUUAGCUACGACGUCUUAAGUGAUAAAGAUAAAGCUCUUUUCCUGCAUAUUGCAUGUUUCUUUGUUGGUUUGGGGGAAGACUGCAUUAAGAAUUGUCUUGAAAAAAGUGGUUUGGACGUCAAUCAUGGGCUUCAAGUCUUAGCUCAUAGAUCUCUGAUAUCUAUAGAACAAGGAUACAUACGGAUGCAUUGUUUACUACAACAAAUGGGUAGAGAAAUUGUGAAGAAACAGUCUGGAGAGAGACAAUUCUUGAUGGAUACCAAGGAGAUUUCUGAUGUACUAGAAGAAGAUACUGGUACUGGAAAAGUUCUAGGCAUAAAGUUGGAUACUUCAAAGAGCAAGAAAAUCCAAAUAAGUAAAAGUGCUUUCCAAGGGAUGAAUAAUCUCCAGUUUCUACAUGUGAUCUCUAGUACCUUAUGCAUACCCGAAGGACUCAACAGUCUUCCCGACAAACUCACACUUAUAAAUUGGAAGGACUGUCCAUUGAGAUUUUGGCCUUCCAAAUUCUCUGGAAGGUAUCUUGUCGAGCUAAUCAUGCCAAAUAGCAAAUUUAAGAAGCUCUGGAAGGGAAUCAAACCUCUCCAUUGCCUCAAGGUGAUGAAUUUGAGUUACUCCAAGUCUCUGAAAAAGAUUCCAGAUCUCUCAGAAGCAACGAGUCUUGAGAAGUUAUAUCUCUUUGACUGCGGAAGUUUGUUAGAGCUUACAAGCUCUAUUGGCAAUGCCACUAAGCUUAUAUUCUGCGACAUUAGGAGUUGUUGGCUUUUGAAGGAGCUCCCUUCUUCUGUCGGUAGGUUAAUCAAUCUCGAGAAAUUAGAUCUAAGAUUUACUGCAAUAGAGAAAAUGCCAUCAUCAUUCAGCACUUGGUCUUGGCUUUAUCGAUUGGAUAUGACGGGGUGCAGAAACGUCAAAUACUUUCCAAAUGUUCCUAACAGCAUUGUAGAGUUGGUGUUGUGCUGUACUGGGAUAAUGGAGGUUCCUCCAUUGAUUGGCAAUCUAUUUCGUCUGCGUAAACUAAUUAUGUAUGGAUGCGCCAAGCUGAAAACUAUAUCUCCAAACAUUUCUAAGUUGGAGAAUCUUGAGUUUCUUGCUCUGAGUAACGGUUGUGGGAUUGAGAAUGAUUAUGAAAGGUUACGUAUAUUUAAUUAUUUUAACUUAUUUCAAGCAGUUAUUAAGUGGAGAAGUGACUUGAAGCGCAGUUGGGAGUUUCGAUCAGACUUCAAGCCUCACUACAUUUUUCCUAUAUGUCUACCGGAAAAGGCUCUUUCAUCUCCAAUAUCAUUAAGUUUAAUCGGUGAUAGUUUGGAGACUAUUCCAGAUUGCAUUAGAAGUCUCUCGAGACUAAUUAAGCUUGAUGUCAGAGCAUGCAAAAAGCUCGUAGCACUUCCACCGCUUCCAGGUUCCCUUCUAUCUAUAAAUGCCGGAGAAUGUGAAUCCUUGGAGAGAAUAGGCUCUUCUUUUCAAAAUCCAAGUAUUUGCCUAUACUUUUCUAACUGCUUAAACCUGAAUCGAGAAGCGAGAAAUCUCAUCCAUACAUCAGCUUGCAAACAUGCCUUCUUACCGGGUGACAAAGUGCCUGCCCACUUCACUCACCGAGCCAGUUCAGAUUCUCUAACGAUCAAUGCGACUCCGACACCUCUUCCUUCAUCCUUCAGAUUUAAAGCUUGCAUUUUGCUGUCAGAAGGUAUGUUGGCGAACAAUUCAUUGAUGGAUGUAUCUUUCCUAGUGAGGAAUAAACAGAAUGGCCUCAUAGUUGGACGUAGAUCAACCCAGCUCCAUAUUCCAUAUCUAUCUCGAUAUGAAGAGCAUCUUUAUAUAUUUGAGGAUUCUUUCUCUAUAAACCAGGAUUUCCCUGAAGCCACUUUCAGCGAGCUUACUUUUGUGUUCAAACUCCAUGAUAAAACCUGGAAGGUCAAAGGCUGCGGUGUACGACUUUUGGAGGGACCUCAAUGUAUUAUUGACGGAAUCGAAGAUGAUAAUGUUGAUGAUUAUAAUGAUGGUGACGGGGUUGAAAGUGCUGAUGAUGUUGAAGGUUCAAUAUUAUUCUAGAGGAUAGCGAAGAUGAAGAGGAUGAGGAUGCAGAUUUAUUGAUAUAUAUAUAUAUAUAUAUAUAUAUCUUGUUGGGGUGAACAUAACGACCUCAUUGUCUCAUAUGGAUAUAAAGACCGGCGGUAUACAUUUGUAGAUUAUUUUUGUCUAAAUCAUGGUUGCCUUGAAGCCACGUACAGUAAGCUUGUGUUUCAGUUCGAAGUCUGUAAUCAAAAAAAUGGAAGGUGAAAGGCUGUGGUGUACAACUUGUGAAGAAAAGGCAGAUGGUGGUGGUGGUGACAAAGAUGAGAGGUGGUGAGGAUGAAGAUGAUGAAGGUGUGAUGGUGAUAAUGAUGAGGUUGAGGACAUAGGAUGAUGUAGAUAACACUCAAGAAGGAGAUGAAUCUCGACGUGAUGAGGAUGCAGAGACGAGGAGCAGUAAACGAACUGAGGUUUAGCCUUGUGUAGUUAUUGUAAAUUUUCAUGUUGUUAGAUUUUCUGAUUUUCAAGAGAAGCUAAACCUCUCUCGCGUUCGGUUUUCGUGUGCUUGUAGAGGAUUGUUGUGAUUUUGUUUGGCCUCUUCACUCACGCAUGGCCAGCUCUUCUCUUGUUCAUACUUGGUGAGCUUCUCUCACCCAAACUCUGUUUUACUU